CACAACCAUCUUUCCAUGAUUCUCAGUCUUCUCCAUGGAAGCUCAAAACCCCAGCCCUCCACCCCACAAGUCUUCAAAGCCUACCACUCCCCAAAAGAACACAUCAUCAUAUUCAACCACAUGCCAAUUCAUCAAAAGGGUUUGGCAAUAACACACCAGCAGCUACCAUGAAAGAAAAACCCUCAAGCAAAAACCCUAAGAAUGAUGAUGAUGAUGAUGAUGAGAUUCCGCAGGUCGUAACGGAGAGGAUGCUGGUGAGGAUUGUGGCGGCAGUCGGUCUGCCUCUGGCUACCGGCAUUGCUUUCUUGAACGUUUUUGAAUACAUUAAGGAGAAUCACUUGUGGGAUGUGCCGGUUUGGCUUCCGUUCUUGACGACUUUGUUAACUUUUGGGACUUCAGCACUUGGGAUUGCGUAUGGGGCUUUGUCUACGAGUUGGGAUGCAGAGAAGAAGGGUUCCAUUCUUGGUUUUGAAGAAGCUCAGAAGAAUUGGGUUGAUAUGUGGAGGGAGGAAGAUGAAGGUAGUUCAUAGAUGUUGCAAUUUUUGAAGUGAUACAUAUUGGUUACCGUAACGUACGAUCGAUUUAAGCAUUUUCUGCAGAAUCAUAUACAUUGACAUAGUUUUCCC